GAGGCAGACACAAACUUUGUCAGUGAACGGGCGAACGGCGGAAUGGAGUGAAGCAAGGAAUACUGGAAUUUUCGCCUCGACAGCAGGAUAGAUUGUCAAAAGAUAACUUUACGAGUAAGGAAAUAACAGUUAACAGUCAAGACUGAGAGAAUUUAUAACAAUUUAUCAGCGCGACGAUGAGAGAGAGGAAAGGAUGGGAGUAAGUCAAAUUUGAACUUGGAGGAGGUGUCAUGUUUGAAAGGGCUGGAGGGUGAAUCUUGGCUGUGCUGUUUUGUAUCGUGUAUCCCGAUAAGAACGCUGGCCCAUGUCCCAGGAGACGGUUUUACCUCCACCACGGCCUUCGGGGCCGGAGGAGGAACAUUCACACGAAAGUAGUCUGCUCCUCUCAGAGACCCACGCAGGGUGUGACAGCCCCAGCAGACCCCCUGACCCCAAGCCGGAGACAGGAAGCGGCGCUCCGAGAGGCGGCUCUGCAGAGGAGGCCAGGGGAAGCUCCUCCAGCAGUGACCUCAUUAGAAUGCAACCUCAUCCUCUGGCCCGGCCAGCUGCCUCAACGUCAGAUCCCAGCGAGGGGGGAACGCGCCCCCUCCAAACCGGCCCUCACACAGAGCUCAGUAAUGGGAAAGGAGCUCCCCCUGGGGCUCCACAUGCUGGGGCAGAGCCCGUUGCCGGGGGGUUGCCGCGGAAGCUGCAGUCCAGCCUAUCCGGGCACAGCUCCGGCAGUAGCAGCACCAUCUCCAGCCAAUCACACAAGCCCGGCUCGUCUCCGGAAGACUGCUGCGUGCACUGCAUCCUGGCCUGCCUGUUCUGCGAGUUCCUGGCCCUCUGCAACAUGGCGCUGAGCCAGGCCUCGUGCGGCGGCUGCGGCCCUGACACCUGCUGCUGCUGCUGCGGGGCCGAGGAGCUGGGCGAGGAUUGCGCCUGCCCCUGCGACGCCGACUGCGGCGUGCUGGACGCCUGCUGCGAGUCCUCCGACUGCCUGGAGAUCUGCAUGGAGUGCUGCGGGAUCUGCUUCCCCACGUAGGGGCCCUCCCCGAGGACGGGACAGCCCCCCCAGGAUGGGA